GGCUCUAGGAACCCGCAGGUGAAGCCCUUGGUCUGAGGCUCUUGUCCUCAGGUCACAGAGCAGAGGAGGCCCAGGCAGCGCCAGGAGUCAAGGUUCAUAGGGCACAGGCCGCCCAGGAGGACAGAGCCCUGUGAAGCCGAGAGCAUCCCUAAAGAGGAGACCUGCCUGUGGGUCCCCAUCGGUCACGUCCUGCCCACGCUCCUGCCGGCUGCCAGACACGCAUCAUCAUGCCUCUAGGUCAGAUGAGUGAGCACUACAAGUGUGAGCAAGACCAUCAGGACCCAAGAGAGGCCCAGGGUCUGGUGGAUGCGCAGCUGUCCGGGACUGAGGAGGAGGAGGACACAUCUCCCUCCUCCUCCCUCUCCUCCUCCCCGUCUGUCCUGUUCCUGGGCACCCUGGAGGAGGUGGCUGCUGCUGCAACCCCGAGUCCUCCCCAGAGCCCUCAGAGUGCCUGGCCCUCCCCCACUGCCACGGCAGCUGCUCCGUGGAGCCAAUCCGAAGGCGAUGGCUCCAGCAGCCAGGAUGAGGAGGGGCCAAGCGCCUGGGAGGACCCGGAAGACGCCGAGUCCUCGCUCCAAGAAGCACUACACUUGAAGAUGGCUGACCUGGUGGCGUUCCUGCUUCUGAAGUAUCGUACAAAGGAGCCGACCACAAAGGCGGAAAUGCUGAAUCUGGUCAUCAGAGAUCACCAGGACCACUUCCCUGUGAUCUUCAGCCAAGCCUCUGAGUGCAUGCAGCUGGUCUUUGGCGUUGACGUGAAGGAAGUGGACCCCAGCGACCACUCCUAUGUCCUGGUCACCACCCUGGGCCUCACCUACGAUGGGAUGCUGAGCGGUGAGCAGAGCAUGCCCAAGACCGGCCUCCUGGUGCUGCUCCUGGGCGUGAUCCUCCUGGAGGGCGACUGCGCCCCUGAGGAGGAUGUCUGGGAAGCGCUGAGUGUCAUGGGAGUGUGUGCCGGGAUGGAGCACUUCAUCUACGGGGAGCCCAGGGAGCUCCUCACCAAAGUUUGGGUGCAGGAACAGUACGUGGAGUACCGGCAGGUGCCCGACAGCGAUCCUGCACGCUACGAGUUCCUGUGGGGUCCCAGGGCCCACGCUGAAACCAGCAAAAUGAAAGUCCUGGAGUAUUUGCUCAGAGUCCAUAGCAAGGAUCCUGGUUCCUUCCUCCACCUGUCUGAAGAGGCUGUGAGCGAUGAGGAAGAGGGGGCCUGAGCCAGAGUUGCACCCAUGCACGGUCCACGCCCACGUCCAGCAGCUUCUCCUGCCGGGCAUGAAGUGAGGCUGCUUCUUCACUCUGUGUUUGAAGAGAGAGCAGUCAGCGUCCUAAGUAGAGGAGGGCCACGGCGAGGUGGGGGGACAUGGUGGCUAGUGUCUUUGGGUUCCUGUUCUCUAUGAUGGAUCUUGGUUUCCUUACGAAUUUUUCAAAUGGGUUCCCUUUAACAGAAGGUUUAAUUAGCUUCAGCAUCUGUUUGCGAAUGACAUUGACCACAUAUGAAUUUGUACUUAUCCCGUCCAAGAGGAAGAGUUUUGCUGUUUUGUAAAAGUCAUUGGGACAUCGUCCAUCGUAGUCUGUGAUCUGAACUAGAAAAUGUGAAAUAACUUAGCAGUCAAAUUGAUGGGGUCGGGAAAUAGAAAAAUAAAUGUAGA